AUGUUGAGGUUCCAACGAACAGUGCCACGAGUGGCCAUAAGGAGGCUUGCGAAUGUAUAUUCGGAGGGAGCAGUACUGCACGGGUACAAGGUGCGGCGGGCGCAAGAGAUUCCAGAGAUGCGAAUGGCUGCGGUGGAGCUGGAGCACGAGAUGACCGGGGCCAGACACCUACACCUGGAGCGAGAGGACCAGAACAACGUUUUCAGUGUCGGGUUCCGGACUCCGCCGCCCGAUGCGACGGGGGUGCCGCACAUUCUUGAGCACACGACGCUGUGCGGGUCGCAGAAGUACCCGGUGCGGGAUCCGUUCUUCAAGAUGCUGAACCGGUCGCUGGCGAACUUCAUGAAUGCGAUGACGGCGCACGACCACACAUUCUACCCGUUUGCAACGACGAACCAAAAGGACUUUGCGAACCUGCGGGACCUGUACCUGGACGCGACGCUUCGGCCGCUGCUGCGGCACGCGGACUUUCUGCAGGAGGGGUGGAGGCUGGAGCACCGGGACGUCGGGGACGCGAGCAGCGAGCUGGUCUUCAAGGGCGUAGUGUACAACGAGAUGAAGGGCCAGGUGUCGAACGCGGACUACUACUUUUGGAUCCGGUUCCAGGAGGCCAUCUAUCCGGCGCUGCACAACUCGGGCGGCGACCCGGAGCACAUCACCGACCUGAGCUACGAGGAUCUUGUGGCUUUUCACCAGAACCACUACCAUCCGUCGAACGCGAAGACGUUCACGUAUGGGAACUUCCCGCUUCGCGAUACGCUGCGCAAGCUGGACGACGAAUUCCGCGGCUUCGGGCGCCGCGCGAUCCCGCAGAUGCACGAGAAGCCGUUGCAGCUGCGCGAGGCUGUGUCGGUGGAGGAGCCCUGCCAGAUCGAUCCUAUGCUCCCCGCAGAUAAACAGUGCCGCACAUCCAUGACGUGGAUAUGCGGAAACCCGAAUGAUGUAUACGAGACAUUCCUGUUGAAGAUUCUCGGGUCUCUGUUGUUUGAUGGUCAUUCUUCGGCCUUUUACAAGAAGCUGGUCGAGGAAACUGGACUUGCGUAUGAGCUGUCAGUGAACACGGGUGUGGAAUCCCAGACGGCGGCAAACUUCUUGACCGUCGGUGUGCAAGGAUGCACCGAUGUAGGCCAGGUCCAUAAGGUUAUUAUGGAGACCUUCACGGCGCUUUUGGCCCAGCCCUUUGAGAAACACAGGGUCGAAGCAAUCCUGCACCAACUAGAGCUCUCCAAAAAGGAUCAGAAGUCUGACUUUGGCCUCCAACUGCUGUACGGCAUCCUCCCAGGAUGGGUCAACAACACAGAUCCGUUCGAUCUCUUAUCUUUGAACAGUGCACUGCAGAGAUUCAGGGCCGACUGGGACAGAGAGGGCGAUGGUUUGUUCCAGCGCCUGCUGAACAAGUACGUAAUUGGCAAGCCCAGUUUCACGUUUACCAUGGUGGGCAGUUCGGACUUUAACCAGGUGAAGGACCAAAACGAGCAGUCGAAACUAAAGGCGAAGGUGUCCUCGUUAACCGAGAGUGAUAAGGAAGUGAUUUACAAGCGUGGUUUGCAUCUUCAGGAACUGCAGAAUAGUGAGCAGGACCUUUCAAAACUACCAACGUUGACCACAGCGGACAUCCCUCAUUCGAGUGGGCACUAUUUUGUUUCUCGCGACGGACCGAUCACAACUCGUCAAACUGACACGAACGGUAUAACGUACAUUAGAAUGAAGCGUCCGCUCAAGGGAGCCAUACCUUACGAUGCAUAUCCCUACAUCCCACUUUACUCCGACGGACUAAUGAACAUCGGCACCCUACUUGAAGAUGCCUCUGCAAUUGAGGAGCAGAUUCGUCUGCACACAGGUGGGAUCUCCGUGUCCAUAGGUGUCCAUCCAAACGUCGAAACUCGCCUUUCUGAGCUGUAUCUGGAAAUCAGUGCCUGUGCAUUGAAUUCUAAAACGCAGUAUGUGUUUGACAUAAUAAACAAAAUUAUGAACGAGACAGCCCUCAGCGUUAGGUCGGAGAAGAUGAAGGUCUUGAUUAGGGCCGCUGCAUCCUCCUUCACGUCCUACGCAGCUGAAAACGGACAUGAUUUGGCCAGGCUACAUACCGGAGCCCAUUUUUCGCAGACUCAGGCAAUUAUGGAGCAGACUGCUGGUAUUGAGCAAGUGCGCCACAUGAACAACCUCAUGAGUAUAAUUGAAAAAGAGGCAGAGUUCAACACUGUCCUCCAGAACUUGGAAGCCAUGCAUCGUAAGAUCUUUGUCGCGGAUGGCUUGGAGGUGAUGAUCACAACUGACAACCGGCAAACGUCGGACGUCGUCAAAGAUCAGGCUUUGAAGUUCAUUGCUGGUGUGCAGCAGUCAGCAGGCGCGGAAUCCUGGCUUCCGGAAAAGUAUUCCCGCCGCGCGCUCGAGAAGCCGUACCCGGCACUGCUUCAGUUCCCAUUCCAGGUACACUAUACUGCCCAGUCCACCCAAGGUGUCUCCUACACCCAUCCAGAUGGCGCACAUCUCCAGGUCUUGGCGUCGCUGCUUACGUUUAAGCACCUGCAUCGCGAAGUACGCGAGAAGGGCGGCGCGUACGGCGGAGGCGCUACGUACAACGCCACAGAUGGUAUCUUCAACUUCUUCUCGUACAGGGAUCCGCAGCCCGUUCGCUCUCUCAACAUCUUCAGAAACGCAGGGAAAUACGUGCUGAAUGAGGCCCGUUGGACGGCGGACGACCUCAAUGAGGCCAAACUGAGUAUCUUUCAGCGCGUGGACGCCCCGAUCAGCCCCAGCUCGGAGGGGCUGCUCCAGUUCCGGCAUAACAUCAGCGAUGAACAGCGCGACAGACGUCGCCAGCAGCUGCUAAAAUCAACGCUUGACGACGUCCGUCGUGUUGCAGACAUUUAUCUUGUGCAGCCGUCUCCUUCGCAACAUAUGAGUGCUGUGGUUGGCCCAGAACUUCCCCGCGAAGUUUGGUCGAGCCAAUGGCCAGUGAUAAAAGUCUGA